AUGACUCGAAAGUCAAGUCCGUUAAUCUACAACGAUUAUCUAUACACAUGCGCCCAGUCUCUCGCUACCGCUAAAGAAACGCCCUCGGAUCUAGACCUUGUCUUCCAUCUCGAGGUUGCUCGCGAGGCAGAGAAAGCAUAUACCUUCUUCAACUACACCGACAUCCAGCAGACUCAGUUCAUGGGGGAGCAGCAGAUACAGGUCUAUCUGAAUGCGUUCGCCGUCAAAAUGCACGACUGGCGACUCCGCUUCCCAUCUUCACUUACCCAAGAUCCAUGUCAGCGAAUCUGGCCCUGGCUUUUAGAAGCGUUCGUCCGGGAGUUGUGCCUGUCGGGGAUGACGCGAAGUACCGACUUCUCCAUGGCUCGGGUCCGCAUUCUUAUGGACGCGCUUACAAGCACAAAGGGCUAUUUCGAUGCAUUCUUGGCCAUUCCUCAGGAAAGUAUUCCAAGUCUACCCUCAACACAUUGGGCUCUCUUGGGGUACUCCAUCCUCCUCACAGCUUCAAUAUCUUUGUCGAUACAGACCCAAGGAUGGACCAUUGAAUCCGCGCGCUCAAUCAUAAAACUGGAUACAUAUAUCGAUGCCAUCUCACUUCGAGUGAAAGACCUCUCCCUGGAGAUGGGGUCAUCGGAGCAUCUACGGAACUGGUAUGGCGACGCACUCGCGGGCUGGGAAGCGAUCAAGAUGCGUUAUCUCGCCGCAUGCCACGAAUCACUAUCGGAAACAGAUUCGUACCAGCAAUCAGCUCCCUCACAAGUCUCACAUGGCGCAGUGGAGCAGAGUGAUGGGCAUGGUCCUCAGAGUGGUCUUUUAACACAUCUUCAGGGAGAAUCUAGUCAUAGGGAAAUGGCUGAGAAUUCUAUUAGACCCAGUACCGGACUUGACACAUUUGACUUUAGUGCAGAUACUGGGCUGUGGAUUAUACCAGAUUUUAAUUAUUUAUAG